GCUUCUGGAAUGCGCACGGUUUUCCUGAUAUCAAUCUUCUCUCGGCACACGACACCCAUGGCGAGGCAUUAUCGAAUGAAAUCGAGGCGGUAGUCUGAGCAUAAACCAUUAUGGACGAGCAGCGAAUUCGUAGUUGCUAAAGGUUGUUUCAAGAUUUUCGGGUGUCGGGGUUUUCUGAGCUGCAGUUUUGGAAUUUUUUACCCCCACAAAAAUUGAGGGAUUAUUUUCUUUUCGGAGAAAUGGAUGCUGAUCCGCGGCAGUACGAGAACAUUGGAAUUAAUGAAAAUGACACCCACAAGAUUGUCCUUUCUUAUCUUGCACACAAUUGCUUCAAAGAUACACUGGAAUCAUUUGUUGCUUGUACAGGGGUCAAGCAACCAGAUGAUCACCCCGAGAACAUGGAGAAAAGGAAAAAGUCACUUGCAGGAAUCUUUCAUUUAGCAUUGGAUGGGAAUGCAUCCAAGGCCAUUGCGUUAACGCAAGAAUUUGCACCGGGCCUGCUAGAGGAAAAUAAGGAUUUGCAUUUUGAUCUCUUAAGCCUUCACUUUGUUGAACUUGUGUGCUCUAGAAAAAUUGCUGAAGCUCUGGGAUUUGCCCAAUCUGAGUUCACCUCAUUUGGUAAAGAGGAGAAGUAUGUUGCAAAGCUUGAAGAUUUCAUGGCCCUUCUUGCUUAUGAGGAACCAGAGAAAUCCCCGAUGUUCCAUCUGUUAAGCUCGGAACACAGACAGCAUGUUGCAGAGAGCUUAAACCGGGCAAUUCUUGCACAUGCUAACCUGCCCAGCUGUUCCGCAAUUGAAAGACUAGUACAACAGACAACAGUUGUUAGACAAUGCUUGAGUCAAGAAUCUGGCAAGGUGUGAAGUUUGCUGUUAAUCUAUUACAAAGAUGGACACCAAACUUUCUCUCUGGAGGAAUUUCUUAAGAGCUAGUCGAGUUCCCGACAGAGAGUGAUGUUGCCUCCUAGGAAAUUCUGGAGAUACAUAUUGCACACUGCUCCGCUGGCUGGAGGUGAUUGUGGCUUGUUGAUUACAAAUGCCUAAUAUUGUACUUUGUUGAGUUGCUCCAUCGUCACAGCCGGCCUGUAUUUCUUCUGUUAAAAAUGUGAAUAUUGUUGUGUUGUCUCUUAUCCUCAACUAGCCAAAUUGUGAUAGUUGAGGUGGUAACUCGAGCCUGUUUACUAGUAGUUGAUUGUUUGAGGCUCAACACCAUAUCAGAUCUGACCUCAUAUAUGUUUGUUGUGAUAGGUUAGAACAACCACGAGCAUUUUUACUUUUACAUGCUGCAAAGGAUUGGUAUCUUACUUACACAAUUGGGCAUAUACACCCUUUUUCUUGCUUUUAUGAUUGCCA